CAGCGCCCCACCCGUUCAUUGCCGAUUUGACCGCAAGAGUGGAUCGACGCACUCUUGCUAACGCGUCUUCCUUAUUGCUGUUGCCAAUUUUAUUCUGAAACAUUUUUAUAAACUCAAAAGAGUUCGCCGCCAACACAGUACAACGAAACACUGUUAUAAAAAAAUAAAUCGCGAUCGAUUUCGAUUAUAAUUUUUGAUUUAACCCGAAAAGUUUAACUGCUGAUUUCAUAGUCGAUUUGCCGAGCGCAACUCGCUUUCAGUUUUAGUUUUCACUCUACGGGUUUUCUAAAUUUUUAGAGCCACUUACCGAGUAUUUUUUUAAUACGCUGUGACGCUUUCGAGGUAUUUUCAUUAGACGUGGAGCGGAAAAUAUAGGAAAAUGUCGAAAAAACAUCUUCACAAUCAAGCUGCUAUACCGUUAGCUCCGGCGGUAUUUAAGAAACCCCAAAUGCGGCCGAUGAUAGCCGAAUAUGACCCCAAGAAAAAAGGUGUCAGAAAUGAUUUAUCCGAUGUCGUCAUGGUCAAGUACAAAGUUGACCCAAAUGAGAUCCCUGUGGAACAACAGGCAGGGUCAACCCUACCUCUCAUGGAGAUACCGGGUCGGGAUGUUGAGGCGGAUGAAGAUUAUAAUCCGUUUGAACACCGGAAACUGGCUCAUCCAACAUCGGAUAUGGAUACCUUAAUACAUUUGCUGAAAGGUUCCCUGGGUAGUGGUAUUUUAGCUAUGCCUAUGGCAUUUCGGAACGCUGGUCUCUUCUUUGGUCUGGUAGCUACUUUCCUCAUUGGUGGAAUUUGCACUUACUGCGUUCAUGUGCUCGUCCGAACAGCACACGAUUUGUGUAGAAGGAUGCAGAAACCAUCGCUUGGAUUUGCUGAAACCGCAGAAGCUGCGUUCUUAUCAGGACCUCCGGCUGCACAUAAAUUUUCGAGGCUAGCUAAGGCUAUGAUCAACUGGUUCCUAGUUAUAGACUUAUUGGGAUGCUGUUGUGUAUACAUCGUCUUCGUAUCAAAGAACGUAAAACAAGUAGUGGAUUAUUACGCUAAGGGAAGUGACUGGGAUGACAUUGAUAUCAGAGUCUAUAUGGCUUCAUUAUUACCCUUCCUUAUAGCAGUCAAUUUGAUCAGAAACCUGAAAUAUUUGGCACCAUUCUCGAUGAUUGCAAACCUCCUGGUAGGAACCGGCAUGGGAAUAACCGUUUACUACCUGUUCCAAGACAUUCCAAGCAUACAAGAAAGGUCACCUUUUGCUGGAUUUGAACGCUUACCUAUGUUCUUUGGUACGGCCAUUUUCGCUUUGGAAGGAAUCGGUGUUGUCAUGCCCCUGGAAAAUAAUAUGAAAACACCAACUCACUUCAUCGGUUGCCCUGGUGUAUUGAACACGGGAAUGUUUUUCGUCGUUUCUUUAUAUGCUUUCGUUGGAUUUACUGGCUACUUGAAAUAUGGAGAUGGUACGAAGAGCAGUAUUACCUUAAAUUUACCAGAAGAUGAAAUUUUGGGUCAAUCCGUGAAGUUAAUGAUCGCUGUCGCUAUUUUCUUCACGUACAGUCUUCAGUUUUACGUGCCAAUGGAAAUUAUAUGGAAAAAUGUACGCCAUUGGUUUGGCGCUAAGAAGAAUCUCGCCGAGUACAGUAUCAGAAUAGCUCUAGUUAUCGUAACAGUCUGCAUUGCUAUUGCUAUUCCAAACCUUGGGCCGUUCAUUUCACUCGUUGGCGCUGUUUGCCUUUCUUUUCUUGGAUUGAUAUUCCCGGCGGUAAUUGAAACUGUUACUUAUUGGGACCGGCCUAACGGUCUAGGCCGCUUCAACUGGGUACUCUGGAAAAAUACCUUCCUAAUCUCUUUCGGGGUUCUUGGUUUCUUGACAGGUUCCUAUGUAAGUAUUAUCGACAUUAUUAAAGGAGAGGAAUAAGAAUAGCAAUGCAUGACCCAUUUUUAGAACUACAUUUGUAAAAUUAAGAACUAUAAAUAAACAAUAAAGUUGAUUUUAACUCUGUAGGUACACGUACUUUUGUAUUGUACUAAAGAAACAUUACUGUUAUUUAUAUGGUUACGAUAUGAGUUUCUGUAAUGCUCAAAUAAUCUUUGUUUGAGAUUAGUGUACCUACCUACCCUUUUUCGAUUAAGAAUAUUUUUAAUUGUUUUUACGCGUGCAGUAGGUUGUGUUUUCGAUUGUUAUUAUUUAGCCCCGAAACUGUAGCCAUUUAGUUAUAAGACAAUGUAGAUACUACCUUACUUUAAAAAAUGUGUGAGAAUUUUCUAGUGCAUUAUCGAAAUGUGAUACAAUUUUAGGUUUAAUAAAAGGCAUCUAUUGCCAUAUUAAGAAAGAUAAUAGGUAUAAAAUUCUGUGGAAGUUUAAUUUCGGAAAUCGUAGUCACAAUAAAAAUUAUGGUUAUAUGUGGAUAUACAUCGUUCCGCUUGUUUGCUGAAUAUGUGUUACAAAUUUUGGGGUUUAAUAUUAGAAUUGUUCGUGAUAACAAUUAUGGCAUUUUUUCAUUACCAAAAAGGAAAAAAUAUCUGCUUAGAUAGUUUAUAGAUUUUCAUAUCGAGCUUUUGAAUUUAUAAACUGAAGCAUUUAGAAUGCCUAAAGGUGCAUAACGUAAGAUUAAUUCUUAGUCUCAUGAUCUUGAUGAAAAGUAUUAGCAAUUUUGAUUAGUUUUUAUAUAUAUGUACGUACAUGUAUAAUGACAGAAAAGAAUCUUCGUUAGAGUAUUUUUAUAUUUGAUAAAACUUUGUUGUAUAUCUUAAGAGGUAAUCUAUAGAUUUUUCAACUCCAAAACGCUGUCGAAUAACACCUUCCUAUGAAUACUUAGUAAAAAAAUUUUUGGCGUAGUUAUUUAUUAGAGUAAAGACUGUAUAUUUUUUUGUAAAUUUUGCUACACUUAUAUAAAUAUUUUCCGUGUUAAACAUCCAUGCUUCCAUAUAAAAUGUCUCAUAAGCUGAACAAACUGUAAGAUGUUCCUCAUAUGAACCAGUUUCUGAUAUUUAUUCUUAGAGACCAUUAAUGUAGGUGGUAAUGCAAAAAAGUAGUAUAAAUGUGAGUAAGACUAAAACGUAAUGAAAUAUACAUAAAAUGAUUUCUGUAAUAAUUAUAAGACAGGCCUUUUUUCUGGCAGUAUAGAUCAUUCGUUAGUUAUAAGUUCUUAUUCGGCUAAAGGCCAAUAUGCUUUUUUUAUGAAAAAGGAAUUUUUCCUGUGUAUUAUGUUCUUCGUGAAUUCAAACUUUUCAUAACUUAGCAAUCCUCUGUCUAAACAUGGUUUGCACGUAACAUAUAUUUUUAUAGGUUUAGGCAUAUCAUGAUAUAGCAUUCAGAGAAUAAUAAAAUGGACUUGUAUUGGGGUGGGAUGGUGAAUAAUAACAAAACUAUCGGUUAAGGAUAGUUAUAAAGUGAAGUAUAUACCUAAGUAUCAGAAAUUGGGUAUAUGUAUUAUUCUUUAUCCAGUUGAAUACAAAUAAUUGCUCCUAGAAAGUUUGAGGAUGUAAAUCGAGUUACAAUUGUUUUCAAUCGUUUCAACUUAUUCAUAGCAAGUUUUUUGUUAGGAUUAAUCUAUUCGUCCCGAUUAACUGAUUUUUCAUGAAAUAAUGGUGUGUAUAUCAUGAUCUGCCUCAUGCGGAGCUAAUUUAAUUUAAAUCAGUGCUAACUAAAACCAGCAUUUGGCAGGUAACUACAUAAUCUGCUGACUGCUGGUUAGCCCUUAUUGCUUAAGUCGAAAUGUAAUCGAAUAUGUACGAUAUUUUUCAUAGAGUAUUCAAAAACUGUUGUCUAUAAUAAUAUCACUGACUGUUCGAUAUUUUUUUAAAGAAAUAGUCACUACAGUAAGUAUUCAGGUCAAUAUGUCAAUUUAGAAAAAAUAACCAAAUAUUUUGGAAACCCGUUUAAAUAGUAAAAUGAUAAAAAAAUAUUUAAUUUUGUUAUAAAUCUGGCAAACUAUUUAGUAAAAUAAUUCCUAUUAGAGAUCUAUUAAAAGUACUACCUAUUUUAGAUAGUAACGAUUGUUUUGUUACAGUAUUAAAUAGAUCAUACUU